UGUGAGCGGCUCCACUGUCAACAAGACACCGAGCAGGCUGCUGGAUGCCGGCUAAACUAACUUUACCUCUCCUCUAGAGCACCUCACACACACUCACAGUGUCGGGGGCGAGCCUUACACCACACACAGGAUUUGUUUGGUCAAGUCCGAAGCCUCCGAAGGGCACCACCUGGAUAGUAAGCCAUGGCAACCUUAGUGCCCAAACUCUCCAGCGGUGGCACUGUCAAGAUCCGCUUCACCAGCAUGGACCUGGGCAACACCCGAUGGAAAGAGGGAACCUUUGAGAUCCUGGAGAAGGACAACAAAAUCAGCCUCUGUCUGAGAUUCAACUGUGGUGGAUCUCCUAAAACUUUCCAGCUCAACCAGAACGUGAAGAGCAUCAGCCCGAACCAUAACCGGAUCAUGCUGACGUUGAAGGACAACAGUCUGAUCACCCUGGAUAAACUGCCCCCCAAUUUAGCCCAGAAGACUAAAGAAUAUCUGGAGAAGCUGAAGCAGCCAAAAACAAUUUUAAAAUCCUCCCAUGGAAGCGCAAACUUCAGCGUUCUCGGCAACCGCUCCGCGAAAAACGAGAGCAACCCUCCUGGAGAGAGACAGACAACACCGAGGCGGCAGAGCGCGGAAGGACGGGAGGACACGAUACCACGGAAACCUCUGGGCAGCCCGAGCAGAGCGACGUCUACACCCACUCGCCCCGGACUCUCUGAGAACAGGAGCGAGAAGAGAAAAAGACUCAUGAACUCUGAGAGUGACCUGACUGAGGACUACCCGAAGGAAAAUGACUCCUCAAGCAACAACAAGGCCACUUCAGACCCAUCGAGAAAGUUUCUGCUGAGCUGCAAAGAUAAACUGAAGCAGGCGGAGGAGAACAGGAGCCCAGCUCCUCUGGGUUCGACUCCCCUUCAGCCGACGUCGUUCUACGGCAGCCGAUCUGUGACUAAAGACUACGGUCAGAGCCACUCUUUUCUGGACAGGUCGUCAAGCACAUCACAGACCAGCUCGGCCAAGAGGAGCCUCAUACUGCCCAAUCACUCCACUCCUUUCAAGAAGGUCCGCCCCUCUCUGGAUUACGGUGGCUGGAACAAGCAGAGGCCCUCCACGCUGGCUCAGACUCAGCCUCCACUGCAAGGAUUUUCCAACUUGGGCAACACGUGCUACAUGAACGCCAUCCUGCAGUCUCUCUUCAGCCUCCCUUCCUUCUCCAACGACAUGCUGAAGCAAGGCAUCUCGUGGAAGAAGGUUCCUAUCAAUGCAUUGCUUAGGCGUUUCGCUCACCUCAUGGCUAAGAAGGACGUGAGCUGUCCGGAGACGAAAAAGGACUUGUUGAGGAAAGUGAAGAGCGCCAUCUCCUCCACAGCUGAGCGUUUCUCUGGAAACAUGCAGAACGAUGCUCACGAGUUCCUGAGUCAGUGUCUGGACCAGCUGAAGGACGACGUGGAGAAAAUGAAUAAAAACUGCACAAACGAAGCCUCAGCAUCAUCAUCCUCCUCCUCGUCUUCCUCCACUGUGUGCGAGAAUGGCCACGAGGCAUCGACGUCGUCAUCGUCGUUGGCAGCUAAGGCCGAGCCCGGUGACGAGACGGACACCUCCCGCAUCUACACCUGCCCUGUGGCCGUCAACAUGGAGUUUGAAGUGCAGCACACCAUCACCUGCAAAGGCUGUGGCGAGUUGGUGACGAAGCGAGAGCAGUUUAACGACCUGUCCAUCGACCUACCGCGCAGAAAGAAAACCCUCCCGCUUCGCUCUAUUCAAGAUUCUCUGGACCUCUUCUUUAGGAUGGAGGAAAUUGAGUACUCGUGUGAAAAGUGCAAUGGGAAAACAGCGACUGUAACACAUAAAUUCAGCAAACUACCGAGAGUCCUCAUCCUCCAUCUGAAACGGUACAGCUUUAACGCCCAGCUGUCUCUGAACAGCAAGCUGGGCCAGCAGGUGGUGAUCCCCCGCUACCUGACCCUACUGUCCCACUGCACCGAAUCCACGCGGCCCCCCAUCAACCUCGGCUGGAGUUCCCAGUCCUCCCUGUCAAGAACACUCAAAACGUCACAGUCGGUCAACUCCUCCACAGGACCUCUCCGGAGGGUUGGAGGGAAGGUGGCCAACUCCAGCUGCACCUCCAUCCUCUUGGACUCCGACUGUGAGGAGGAGCCCAACAGAAAGGGGAACGCAAGCCGCAAGCGACGAUUCAGCAGCUGUCUGCCCGACGACGAUGACCGGCUGGAGGAGCGGGGAGCAUCGAUGGAUUCAGCAGACUUCAGCGGUAUAAAUGACGAUGAGAUGUUAGCAGCCGUGCUGGAGAUGAGCCGUCAAGAAGCCGGACUCUCCGCUCCGCCUCCAAUGGAGGACGAGCCGACCAGCAGCCCGGACACAGGCUUCGGGGACGCGGAUGCCCACGACUUGGCCUAUCACACAGAGCUGCUGGACACAGACACCAAACAGCCUGCAGAUGUGCUGGAUUCUCUGGACCUGACCAUGGACGAGAACAAGGAGAACCAGACUCCGGAGGGCGUGCAGCAGCAGGGGGAGUUGGACUGGGUCCAGCAGUACAGUCUGGAUCAAGAGAGGGAGGAGCAGGAGCUGCAGCAAGCUCUGGCCCAGAGCCUCCAGGAGCAUGAAGCCCAAGAGAUGAGAGAGGACGAUGAACUGAAGAGGGCCACGGAGCUCAGCUUGCAAGAGUUUAAUAACUCCCUGCCUGAGCUGCUGUGCUCCGAUGACGACUCAGGCAACGAGGACGUGCUGGACAUGGAGUACACUGAAGCCGAGGCCGAAAACCUGAAGAGGAACGCAGAGAGCGGAGACUUGGCCAACUCAUUCAGACUCAUCAGUGUCGUGAGUCACAUCGGGAGCAGCUCCUCCUCUGGACAUUACAUCAGCGACGUUUACGACAUGAAGAAGCAGUCCUGGCUCACCUACAACGAUCUGGACGUGUCGCGCACGCAGGAAGCCGCCGUCCAGCGAGACCGUGACCGCAGCGGAUAUAUCUUCUUCUACAUGCACAAAGAUAUGUUCGAGCAGCUGUCGGAAAUGGAGAGAUCUGGAUCCAGCAGCACUUCAGAGGUGGGGAGGAACGUCCUGCAGCCCCUCUGAGCCUCCACGCCUGCAGACACACACACACACACACACACACACACACACUAGCAGCUGAUCCCUUCUCUCUCUCUUUCUCUCUCUUCUGAACAAACUCAAUACUACUGAUUGCCGUCCUCUUUUUUUCGGUCGUCUUCAGGCACUUCUUUCUUUCUUUCUCCUCCUUUUUACAAAUCACUAAAUGACGGCACCUGUAAAAAAACAAAAAACAAAAACACCAUCUACAGGUGCAGAAACUUGUU